UGUGUGUGUGUGCGAGCUCAUGUGUGCGUCUUUGUCUCUGGUGAUUAUAAGUAAGGCUCUUGGGAAACUCUAAAAUCCCCUCAGGAAUGUGUGUGUGUGUGUGUGUGUGUGUGUGUGUGUGUGUGUGGUGUAAAGAUUUAUCACCGAGUAGUUUUUGAAGGCACACAGAGAAGCGGGACUGUGCACUCAUGUAAGCGUGAGAUAAAAGCUCAGUGUGUCGUGCUCCAACACGAAACUAGUUCCUUUACACUCCCGUUAAUGAUUAAUGCCAGAGAUACAGAUCUACACACACACACACACACACACACACACACACACACACACACACACACAGAGCAGCACAUCACGAAGUGUUUUUUUCCUCUUACGCCACAGCAGUGUUUCAGCGAUGACCGUUGUUUUGAUUCUUUGACGUUAAAAAAAAAAAAAAAAAAAAAAUCAAAGAACGACUGCUCGUACUAUUGUAAAUUUUUUUAUCCGUUUACGGUUACAAUCCGGUGUUUUGAAACCGCAAGGCGUAACCUCCUCGGCCCUGAAGACGUCGGAAAACAUUCAAGUUCCAGCUCUGACACCGGAGACUCCUUCCGUCAUGAACGUCAGUUAAGCGCCUCCUUUCUAGAAAACUCGGUAUCGAGAUGCCGGCCACGAGAAGUCUCCGCGAACGCGCCGUCGCUAUAGAAACGAUAACGUGUUCGAACGAGCGCAUCGAUGCACAAACCUGCGCCGCUGUCAGAGCUGCUGUUGGGGAUGAGUAACCGAGACCUUCCGACCGAUCGGAAUCCCGAAUUAUUACCAUCACCGUAUGAGCGAUGUGUGAUUUAUACGGUCGGGAAGUUUCCCGUUCGGAUCGUCGUCGCCGCGAGCGAACCACGGGAUCUGACGGUGAUGAUUGAAGACGGAGGGAGGAGAGGAGGGACGAUGGCAGACAGGAAGCAGAUCUUCACGGAGAUGAAAGCGCAGAAUUUCGACUUGAUCCGGCUCUCUACGUAUCGCACAGCCUGCAAACUCCGCUUCGUCCAGAAGACGUGCAACCUGCACCUGGUGGACGUGUGGAACAUGAUCGAGGCGUUUCGGGACAACGGCCUGAACACGUUGGAGCACAGCACCGAGCUGAGCGUGUCCCGGCUGGAGACCAUCGUCUCGUCCAUCUACUACCAGCUCAACAAGCGUCUGCCCACCACCUACCAGAUCAACGUCCAGCAGAGCAUCAGCCUGCUGCUCAACUUCCUGCUGGCCGCACACGACAGCGAGGGCCAGGGGAGCGUGACGGUGUUUUCCGUCAAGGUCGUGCUGGCUAUACUGUGUGGAGGGAAGAUCGUGGAUAAACUCCGCUAUAUUUUCUCUCAGAUCUCCGACUCUAACGGAGCGAUGGCGCUCUCUAAGUUUGACCUCUUACUGAUUGAGGUGCUGAAACUGCCGUCCGCCGUGUUCGAGGGUCCGUCCUUCGGCUACACGCAACACCUCGCCCGCUCCUGCUUCCCACAACAGAAGAAGGUGAUGUUGAACACGUUUCUGGACACGAUGAUGGCUGAUCCUCCUCCUCAGUGUCUCGUUUGGUUUCCCCUCAUGCAUCGCCUCGCUAACGUGGAGAAUGUCUUCCACCCGGUCAGCUGUUCGUAUUGCCGCAGCGAGAGCAUGGUCGGUUUCCGGUACCGCUGCCAGCAGUGCUUUAGCUACCAGUUGUGUCAGACGUGCUUCUGGCGUGGCCAUGCCAGUGGAAACCAUAGCAACCAGCACCAAAUGAAGGAGCAUUCGUCCUGGAAAUCUCCUGCUAAGAAGUUGGGCCGUGCCAUUAGUAAAUCGUUUGGGUGUGUACCGAGUCGAGAACCCCCUCACCCCAUCUACCCUGAGGACCCGGAGAGAACACUCGACCUCUCAAACAUCGUUCCACCCCGUCCUGUUCCAAACAACCUGAUCGUCUCAGCACCGCCCCCUUCUGUAAGCCCCACCCCCAACCAAAGGGUGCAGAGUAUAGCUGCUGCUCAGCGUCUGAAUGAGGAACACGCAUUGAUUGCAGCUUAUGUGAACAAACUGCAAUCGAGCCCACGUGCUCUGGACAGUCCCAACCGAAUGGACGAGGAACACAAGCUAAUCGCUCGAUACACUGCUCGGUUAGCGUUGGACCCUAGCAACAAUGCUAGAUCUCCUCAGCUGGACUUUGACAGUAACAAGCAUAAGCGACAGCUCAUAGCAGAACUGGAAAACAAAAACAGGGAGAUCUUGCAGGAGAUCCAGCGGCUGCGUUUGGAGCACGAGCAGGCGUCCCAGCCCACUCCGGAGAAAGCUCAGCAGAACCCCACACUGCUGGCUGAACUGCGGCUGCUCAGGCAGAGGAAGGAUGAGCUGGAACAGAGGAUGUCUGCUCUGCAGGAGAGCAGGAGGGAGCUCAUGGUGCAGUUAGAGGGACUGAUGAAACUACUGAAGGAAGAGGAGCAGAAACAGGCCACCCAGGCAGCAGGCACUCCUCAAACCUCUCCCAGCCACGCCGCCACUCGUCCAAUCCCCAUGCCCGUUCGCUCCACAGGCUCCACGCCCACGCACACUGGCCACGCCCCCUCCCAUGUGCCUCAGGACUCUCUGGCCGGAGUGGGCGGAGACGUGCGCGAGGCUUUUGCUCACGGAGCACGCAGAAACCUGCGUAAUGAUCUUCUCGUGGCAGCUGACUCCAUCACCAACACCAUGUCCUCCUUAGUCAAGGAGCUGCACACUGAGGAAGACGGAGCGGAGGAAGACGAGAGACUGCGGAAUGGAAAAGACCGAGGUGCGGCGGUCGGACAGGUGAGAGCGAUCGCUCAGCAUACUCCACCCAGAGAAAUGAAGCGCUCCGUUCACACACCGCCGUCGUCAUGAGGAGGACGAUGAGGACGACGUAGGAAGAAGCACGACGACGAUCUAUUGGUCUCGCGUCAGCCAAUCAGAGAAGAGCUUCAGGAGCCACUGUUUAUAACUGAUUGUAAUUUUAGAAUGGAAGAUCCUGUUUUUAUAUAUAUAUAUAUAUAUAUAUUUUUUUUUUUCAGUUAAGUUUUGGAUUGGUUUUAUUUUUGUGAGGUUUUUUGUUUCCUUCCGAAUGGCUGUUUCAUGAAUAAGCUCAGUUUGGUUUUGCUGAUUGAUUUUGUUGAAAGCUAGAGAGAGGAGAAAACUAACUACUGAUCAGGCCCCCGGUUCGGACUGCGGACGAAGGGCGAGGAGACGUUUCCGAGUGACGGUUCGGAGAAAGUUUUGUUGUUCGGAGAAAGUAAAGGAAUGAAGGAGGAACGAGGGAUGAGUUUGGCGAAAGGAGAAAGGUAAUGAAGGUGACGUGACGAGUGAAUCGUGCAGGUGGCUGUUACGUGGUUCAGGAGAGGAUUUAUUGGCGUGUGUGCCGUGUUUAAGGAACGCGACGGAACCGCUUUGUGCUGUUAAUUUAUUUUAUUUUUGAUGUGUUUGUGAUUUUUAUUUAUUUUUCGUCGGACAGCUUUUAAGCUCUUGCAGGUGUACGUGUCGGAGGAGAGCUUCAUGAUGGUGAAUCUUUGGGCUCCAGGCAAAAAUGAAGCCUAGUUUCAGACUAAAUCCUUAUUAUUUUUUAUUAGUCUAGGACUAGACUUCGUCUGCGUUCCGCUCGGGAUCGAGCUGUUUCAGUGGGCAGCAUGUUAACAGGAAGUCAACACCGGUAGGCAUCAGCGUCACCGAUCGUGGUUAUCUUUACUUGAAAAUGGAUUCUGAUGUAGUGGCAGCUAAUUUUUUGGUGCUGAACACGACUAGACUACUCUUAGUGUGCUUUCACACGUGUUAAUCCGUUUGCAGAGUCUGAAUCCGAGCCGAAUUGAUUCUUUUGCUGUUUGGUUUGGUUUCACGCUUUCGUUUAAGUGUGAAAAACGUUGUCCGAGGGGCGUGUACGUAGGGCUGAAGAUGUCCUUUUUACCAAGUACCCAAGCAUGGAGAACACAGAGCCGGCGCCAAAUUAAUGACUGUAUUUCUUUUUUAUUUUUUUUAAUUUUUUUUUUUUAGAAAUAACCAGUUUAAAACGUUUCAGUGUUUAUUCUCUAUUUUUAUUUAUUCUUCGGUCCACAUGGUGUUUCUGCAAUGCUACAGAUCCGUCUCGGUUCGAAGCAUGUCUGAUUCACUUCAGGCAGAGAGUCGAUUCAGAGUCGAAUCGCUUUCUCUUUCUAAUUCACUUCAUGCAGUGAGUCGAAUCGUUUUCUCAAUAGCGUGAACCCACUGCAUUGAGUCGAAUCGCUUUCCCACGCGAGUUCACUCAACGCAGCGAGUCGAUUCAGAGUCGAAUCGCUCUCUCGCCCGAGUUCUCUUCCUGCAGUGAGUCUUCGCAUGCUCGAAAAAGCGAAGUCAUUUUCAGCAUCAAGCGUUUUUGGAGGAACUGUUUCGAAUUGCUGAAAUGUUGAAUAUGCCACCUUUAUCUACGUAGUACGCAUAAAUCCCACCUGCCUCGUGUUUUGGAACGCAGUGUUUGGAAAAUGAGCCCUUUGAAGCAUCUGAUCAUGGAUUCACUCCUUUUCGCUUGAGUUUGUGUAAAUAUGAAAAGUUAUAGAUGAUUUUAGUUUUAUAGAACUUAUUUUAGGUACAGACGUAAAGAAGGAGGACAACGGCUGAAUAUACAGUACGUAUACUGGGUCCUGAACGGGACCCGUACCCAUGAUGCCUCUGUUUGUAGUUUUCAUUUAAGCACUGUUUGUAGUUGCGCACACACACACACACACAAACACACAUUUUAUGUAUAUAAAAAAAUAUAUAUAUAUAAAAUAUAUAUUUUUAUAUAUAUAUAUCUGAGUUGCUGUGUUCUUUUUAUACAGGUGUGUGUGUGUGUGUGUGUGAGUACAUAAUGCUGGACUGUCACUAUAAUGAAGCUGCCUUUUAAUACCCGAAUCUCAAGUGGGAUUGUGGGAAAUAUUUAGUAUUUUUAGCCUUUACCUGUUUUUUUUUUGGAGGGGGGGGAUCAUCGCACAUAAUUCUGUCAAAAUGUCUUGUGGUGUUUCGUGUGUGUGUGUGUGUGUGUGUGUGUGUGUGUGUGUGUGUGUGUGUGUUCUAGGUUUAUAGGGUUUAUAAAAACAGCUGCACCUUUUUUUUUUUCUUUUUCUUUUUCUUUUCAGUAUAAUCUUGCUGUGUUUUCCACACACACACACACACACACACACACACGAGGACCUAAAGCUAACCUUAACCUCCGUAAUCAAAGCGGAAACUUAGGAGGUUUCUGUUCGUUUGUUUUAAAUAAAAAUGUCUUCACAAGGUCACACUUGUCAGGUAAUCCUGUACUUAUGGGGACAUUCAGUCCUCACUAAGAUAUAAUUCCGUGUAGGAGGUUGUCUCUUUGUCUUGCGAGCAUCCCCCCCUUGCAAUUGCCAAAAAAAAAAAUAAAAAAUCAGUUUCCGCUUUUCAUUUCUAAUACGGUUCGCAUGUUUGGCGUUCGAAGUCGUGUCUGUGUACAUCAAUAACCCUGCGUUCUGUGUUGGGUUUUUUUUUUUUUUAGUGUCAUACUUAAAAGUAGACGGUCUGUUUAAAUAUCAUCUUUUUAUUUACCUUUCCUUUACAUUUUUUUUUUUUUUUUUGGUUGCACAGAUUUAUUUUAAUCCGGAAACGAAAUCCCAACUCCAACUCUGGUUAAAAUGAAUCUGAUCCUCUGAAUCAAACGGAGAGGAAAAAGUGCCUCUGACGGAGAUUUAUAUUAUUAAACGGAAUGAUGAGUGAACGCAGUCGGGUUAAACGAAGGCCACUUUUAGUAACAGCUGUUCGAGAAUCCUCUUUCUUUUUUUUUCUUCUUCUUUUUUUUUUUUUUUUUUUUUACGCUUUAUUCACAUACUUUUCCUUUGUGUGGUUGUUAAAAGUGCACAGGUCCCUCGUGGUGUGCUUCAGACAGCGUGAAAAUAACUUUUAUUCUCUGAUCGGAGACCCAGACACUUUACUUCGGCGAGAGAAAUGACCUUUGUGAUAGUGGGGUGGAAAAUAAUAAAUAAUUUGUGCUGUUCUGUAAUUUUCGCCUCACGUUAUGAUUAAAAAAAAAAAAACAAGAAACCAAAAAAAAAAACAAAAA